AUGGCUCGAGCGCAAAGCCACCCGAUUCUGGCUCAGUUGCGAAGCGCUAGAACACUGCCCGAGCAGACCGACGCCUUGAGAGCUCUCAAGAAUGAAAUUAUCGGCCAUUUACAAAGAAAAGAGCAAUGGGUUGGCUUGGGUGUUCUUGAUCCUAUUGUCAGAACAUUGGCCUCGGCCAGGUCACCAGCGAAGCCAAAUGGGAAGGACUCUCGAUAUCCUCUACCACAGAGGCCGUUAUCGGAAGAUGAGAAUGUGAGGUUACAGGCGCUUCAACUGGUGGCGAGCUUUGCGAACGGAGGACCUGCUUUCCUUGCGCCCCUCCAUGCGGCACGCGCAAUUCCCUCCCUCAUGGCCAACGUAUCGCCGUUCACCAACGCACCGCAACUCGUCGUCGCAGCCCUCAAGGCAUUGACCGAUAUAGCUGAUGCUUCCGCCCUGGCGGCCCCAUCUUCGCCCAUCAAUGCCGAAUCUCUAGCGGAUACCGUAUUCUCUGCCCAAUAUCUCGAUUCGUUCGGGGCAAUGCUUUCUAACACUUCUACGAAUAUCCUCCUACAAUCGCAAGUUUCGCUCGCAGCAGGCUUGAUAUCUCGGCUUUGCCGUGAAGAGCGUCAUCAACAAGCUUUGGCAACAUCCGGAGUAUUAGAUGCCCUAGCAACCCGUUUAGCAAGCGUUGCGGUGCUUCGUGGAGAGGUUGUUCCAGGGGCUGAUGCUUCAGCAAAGAAGGAUGGGCUCUUUGAGGCUUUCCCCGAGCCGGCGCCUCAAACGUUAAGAUUGGAUUCGAUACUUGAGGCUAUCGGUGCUAUUCUGGGAGAUUCAAAAUAUCGGGCAAAUAGACUGGCAAAUUCUCCUUCUAUUCUCGCUGUAUUCCCACCGCUCAAAUUUGAGCCUGCAGGAAACCCGGAAGUCGAGCAAACAGGCCCUAACAGUACACGCCAACAUCCAGUGACUGCGAUGGAGUAUAUGCUUCCGAUUAACUUACCCCGAAGCCAAUCUUCAUCCCCUUACGGCUCCGUACCACCAGGUGGCUCUUCGGAUUCGCAAUCAUCUAGUCGAUCUUCUCUGAACAAGUUCAGCUCGUCUGCUCUAUGGGAUUCGCCUCGAUUUCAAACCACGGGCUCGAGUCCUGGAGAUACUGAGGAGAUUGAGAGCCCCUUUAUUCCCUGGCUGGUCCGGCUCGUGAGGCGCUCAGGUGAAUAUGAGCGCCUCCUUGCCUCUGCCCUUCUUGCCUCACUUAUCAAAGGUGGAGUAACAAGCAAAGGGCUGAGAGAAGCGAGCCUGGGACUUCUCGUGGUACCGCUUCUCGUCCGCAUGAUAGCAAAAAAUGACAAAGACGUCUCAGAUGUCAAUGAGGUCGACAAUGCGGUCAAACGCACUAUUCUGGAGCGCGCACCAGUGGUUUUGGCACGCAUGAUUACAGAUAGCGAGUAUCUCCAGAAGGCAGCCUACGAAUGUGAAGCCGUGCCUGUGUUGAGUCGGCUUCUCAAACACGCCUACACUCCUGUAAAGGAAGGCACGCGGUCCCAUUACUGGUCACCUCAUGCAGAUGUCGAUAUGGAGGUUGAGAACAACUCCCCAGUAGCCCAACUUGGUCAGGAGGGUCAGAAUGAGCUCCUGGUUCACCGACUCAAAGUGCGCGAAAGCACAUUGAAGGCCAUCGCAGGGCUCGCAGGGGGUAAAGAAGACUACAGAAAAGCAUUCGUGGCCGAAGAUGUGGUUUCCUACGUUGUCGAGUCCCUUUCGGAGUAUCCCAGAAGACCGCAGAGUGCAAAGGAGCGAGGCUCAGAAAAGCCAAGCGCUGAGACUACCAGAAAGGGGGAAACGGCAGGAUAUGGCGCCAACCCUGCUUCCGUGAUCGUUGCCGGAUGUCAUGUUGUUCGAAUGCUUUCGAGAUCAGUCAAUAUUCUGCGAACAUCCUUGGUUGACCACGGAGUUGCGCUGCCCAUCUUCCGCUUCAUGAAGCAUCCGGACGUCAAUGUUCAAAUCGCUGCUACUUCGGCUAUCUGCAACCUGGUCCUGGACGUCAGCCCAGUGCGAGAGCUUCUUGCCGAGAAUGGUGUUGUCACUGUUCUUUGCGAGCACGCCCACUCACAAAACCCGGCUCUUCGCUUGAACGGAUUGUGGGCGCUCAAACACUUUGUAGAUGCCGUUGGACCCGACCUGAAGAAAGCAUGCCUAGCUGAGCUUGGAUCUCACUGGCUACAGCAGUUGGUUUGCGACGAUACGGAAGACAUGGCCUUACAGCUGGCGAAGGAACGGGAAGCGUCGGGACUAGAUAUGGACGACGAUGUGGAUAUGCAACCAUCAGACGAGCCCCAUCGGUGGAUUUACGGAUCAAACGGAAUGCUUCGAGAACUCAACGCAGCCGACUCUUCAAGGCUGAGACAAGUUGAAGACAAGCUCGCAGCGGUGCGAGAAUCCGAAUUAAACCCGGUCCGGAGAGCACGGAAUGACGAUGUAGCGAUCCAGGAACAAGGGCUGGACAUGAUUCGGAACCUGAUUGGAAGGCCUCGAAGUGGUCUGUCACCAGAGACAACGAAUGAGACAACGGAGAUGAUCGACUUUUUGCUGCAUGAAUUCGGAAGCGAACGAUUAUUCGAGAUACUAUCAUCCAAACUGCGACCCAAGGUGCAUCGACCUUUUUCCCGUCGAGUUACGAGUGGCCGAGAGCCCAGGAUGUUCCACCCACAGAGCAAGAUUAUUGUGGCCGUUAUAUACGUCCUAACGCAUAUCGCGGCCAGCAUCUCACGACAUCAGCAAAUGAUCAUCGCACAAACAGAUCUUAUGAAACUUCUGGCGCAGCAGGCCAACAACAAAGAUCGAGAAGUCCGGGUAGCGCUAUGUCACUUCAUCAUCAAUCUGACUUAUAAGGAUGACGAUGGUGAGGCUCAAGCUUGUGCCAUCAGGGCGCGCGAGUUACAAAGGCUUGGGUUUCACUCCAAAAUGGAGGCUCUUACAAAGCAAGAUGGAGAUUUGGAUGUGCGGGAGCGAGCAAAAACAGCAGCGUAUCAGAUGGAGCACGCGGGAUACUGA